UGCGCGCUUACUCUCGUAGCCGGCUCCUCUGGUGAGGAGAGGGGGCGUGGUCUCGAGGCCUCCUGCGUUCUUGGGCCGAGGCGAAGGCAUGUUCCCUGCUCAGGAGGAAGCCGACAGGACGGUGUUUGUGGGAAAUUUAGAGGCCCGAGUGCGGGAAGAGAUUCUUUACGAGCUAUUCCUUCAGGCUGGGCCAUUAAUCAAAGUGACUAUAUGCAGAGACAGAGAAGGAAAGCCGAAGUCUUUUGGGUUUGUCUGCUUUAAACACCCAGAAUCGGUGUCUUAUGCCAUAGCUUUGCUGAAUGGAAUUCGUUUAUAUGGAAGACCAAUUAAUGUGCAGUAUCGAUUUGGGAGCUCUCGCUCUUGUGAUCCAGCUUUUGAGAGCUGUGUUAAGAUAAAUUCACACAGCUACAGAAAUGAAGAAGUCGUGGGCAGAACUUCCUUUCCCAUGCAGUUCUCUCCAAUUAAUAAUGCAGCUUUACCUCAGGAAUAUCUUUUCUUUCCAAAGAUGCAGUGGCAUGCAUAUAAUCCAGCACUGCAGCUUCCUUACUAUGAGAUGACAGCACCACUCCCUAAUAGCACUUCUGUGUCUUCCUCACUGAAUUGUGUUCCAGAUCUAGAGGCUGGACCCAGCUCUUAUGAAUGGGCUCACCAACAACCAAGUGACUCUGACCUUUAUCAGAUGAAUAAACGCAAGAGGCAAAAACAAACCAGUGAUAGUGAUAGUAGCACAGAAAACAAUAGAAGAAAUGAAUAUAGCCAAAAUUUCCGAAAGUGUAAGAAAAAAAGAUACUAG